GCCGCGUGAUAAACAGUCAAAACCGUUUACUUGAGAGUUGACCCUCAAUUUCAAAAUUUCCCAAGUACCAGAGUAAUAAUCUCAUCUGAUUCUUCUUCUUCUCAUGAUAAUUUCCAAUUUUGAAUGAGAAUUACAUGCAAAUUAAUGCACCGUUUUUUGAUUCUCUGCUUCCUCUUCACUUAUACAGCUGCUGAUCACAUUUCUAUCAACUGCGGCGGCGGAGCUGCAGCUGUCAGUGGCAGAAAAUGGGGCGGAGACUCAUACGCUACACCGAAAGGCUCAUCAAAGGCAUCCACUGUCAAGGGAGAGCUGAUCACAGCCGUCGAUCCACUUCCCUACAGCACCGCACGCAUCUCCCGCUCCCAAUUUUCCUACUCCUUUCACCUCACUCCAGGUCAAAAAUUUAUCCGCCUUCACUUCAAUCCUGUCUACUACCAUGGUUUUGAAAGCUUCCACGAUCUCUUCUCCGUCGAAGCUGGUCCUUUCACGCUACUUGCUAAUUUCAGUGCUUCCCUAACUGCUCGUGCUCUUUCUCUCAAUAUUCUUGCAAAAGAAUUCUGCAUAGUCAUACAACAAAAUCAACCCCUCAACAUAGUAUUCUCUCCCGAGACUAGGUAUAACUAUGCUUUCAUUAAUGGAAUUGAGAUUAUAUCAGUACCUUCCACCAUUUCUUACUGCCAUGGUGGAGAUAGUGGAGUUCAUGUGCUUGGCCAAAAAACUGUGAUUUAUAUUGACAAUACUACUGCACUUGAAAGGGUUUAUCAUCAGAAUAUAAAAUGGGGUUCUGUGUCGUUUGUCAAUGAUAUUGGUGGCAUGUUUGGGGUAUGGGCAUCACUUCUUCAAGAAAAUGCAAACAAGGCUAGUAAUUUGAGUUAUGGAGUUUCUGUUGAUGUGGGAUUCAGGUAUUUGGUGAGGGUUCACUUGUAUGAGCUAGGAUCCAAAAUGAAUUUUGUUCUUAUGAUUGAUAACACAGUAGCCUUGACUAGUGAUGACAUUCUCCAACAAUCGGAAAAUCAAAGUGUCCUUUGGUAUAACUAUAUGGUGAUGGUGAAGGGGAACAAAAGAGAGGGUAGGCACAGAAUCUGUAUUUCUCUGCACUCUCAACAUGAAUUUGUGGAUAGGCAAGGUCCACUUGAAGGAUUUGAAGUCUUCAAGUUAAGCAACCACGACCUCACUCUUGCCACUCCCAAUCUUCUGCCUCCACCAAGAGAUUCACCACAACACUCUACCCCAACUCUACUACACUCUCUUCUUGGUCGCAAAAAUUCUAUUGCAACUGUAGUCUUUGCUAAGAUUUUUCUGGUAAACAUCGUUGUCCACCUGCUGCACAAACUCUGGGGAACUGUAGAUUCUUCCAAGGAGGAAAACGAGCCAUCUGCCAGGGCAAAGCAACCUUGCCGUCGCUUUUCACUAGCUGAGAUACAAUCAGCAACAGAUAACUUCCACAGCGGAUGUAUCAUUGGAAAGGGUGGAUUUGGUAAAGUCUACAAAGGGUUCAUAGAUAAUGGCAGAGAGAUUGUAGCUGUAAAACGAUUAAAACCAGACUCCAAUCAAGGGGAGCAGCAGUUUUGGACAGAGGUUGAAAUGCUUUCUGAGCUUCGGCAUGUUAAUCUAGUUCCCCUCCUCGGAUUCUGUGUAGAGAAACAGGAAAUGAUACUCGUUUAUGAAUACAUGCCCUGUGGGACAUUGGCUGACCAUCUCUUCAAACUUUCCCAGAAAAGCCAUGAUUAUAUUCCUCUCUCUUGGAAGCAGCGACUUAAGAUUUGCAUUGGAGCUGGUCGUGCAAUAGAUUAUCUUCAUACGGGCCAUGGGAUCAUACAUCGAGAUGUAAAGUCUACAAACAUUCUGCUUGAUGAGAAGUUUGUGGCUAAAGUUUCAGAUUUUGGCUUAGCAAAAACUGGAUUUGGCAGCGACUCUCAAAGCCAACAAAGCACACUAGUUAAAGGCACACGUGGAUAUUUGGACCCCAAUUAUUGUGAAACUCAUAAACCAACAAAAAAUAGCGACACAUAUUCUUUUGGGGUGGUGUUGUUGGAAGUGUUGUGUGGGAGACGAGCACUGGAGCAAUAUGAUGAAGAAGAUAAAUGCCGUCUGACUACGUGGGCCAUAGAUAAUAUUAGUAAGGGACAGGUUGCUCAUAUUGUACUUCCAAGUCUAAUAAGGGAAAUAUCACCAGAUAGUCUGGAGACGUUUGUGCGGGUUGCCAAAAGAUGCCUGCAUGAUCAACCAAAAAAACGGCCAGCAAUAGCGCACAUUGUGAUGAAACUUGAGCUUGCACUUCAGCAGCAGGAGAAGGCAGAAUCUCUGGAUCCAAAUGAGAGGACUGGCGUUGAGAAUUUGUUUUCAUCAACCGAUAAAUAUCAGAAUGACAACAUGAAUUUCAUGGCACCAAAUGAGAAAAUAAAUAUUGUCUUGCCUCAGAAGGAGAAUGCAACAUCCUCGGCUCCCUACGAGAUAAGAAAUGUUACUGAUGUCAUGCCACGUUCUGAUAAUGAUAGAACUAUCUUAUCAAGUAGCCUGAAACCAACGGCGUCUUCCUCUAAUGGGAAAACUGUUUCAUUUCUCCCAAGUCAACAAAUUAACAGCACGAUUAUCAAAUCUGGAAAACAAGGUGGAAGAAAAUCCAUGAUGCUUCGGAUAUCACAAAAAAUUUGGCCGUGGGAUGCAUUUUGGAAGACCAGGAAACCCUCAAAAAACAAAAGGGAAUUUUUUGGCACCUCAGUAUCAGCACCAAUAUCACAUGGGACCAGCAGCAUUCCAAUGGAUGACAAUACUGAGAGAACUGAUGGGAUGAUUUUGACUCCAGCAACGGUGUCAUCAAAUGAAAAAGAACAGCAUAGUCGAACUAUGCAGGUAAUGGAUAACAUUAGUGAGGGACAAGUUGAUCGUAUUGUGGCUCCAACUCUGAGAGGGGAAAUCUCACCAGAUAGCCUGAGGACGUUUGUCAACAUUGCAGAAAGAUGGCUGCAUGAUGAACCAAAGAACCGGCCAAGAACCAUACACAUUCUAACAAAAAUUGAGCUUGCAAUUCAACAGCAGGAGAUGGCAGAAUCUUCGCCACCGAAAGACAGAACUAGUGUUGAGGAUGGUUCUUCAUUUACUGGUACAUCUCAGAAGGCGAACAUGAAAAUUUUUGGACCAAAUGAGAACAAAAAUGUUGCCAAUGAUGCAAGUCCAAGUCCGGCAGGGCAGGUGUCUUCAUCUACUGGUACAUCUCUGAAGAUGAACAUGAAGCUUUCUGAACCAAACAAGAAAAUAGAUGUUGCUGAUGAUGCAAGUCCAAGUCUAGCACGGCAGGUGUCUUCAUCUACUGGUACAUCUCAGAAGGCUAACAUGGAACUUUUUGGAGCAAAUAAGAAAAUGAAUGUUGCCGAUGAUGCAAGUUACAGUCUGGCAGGGCAGGUGCUCUCAUCUACUGGUACAUGUCAGAAGGCGGACGCGAAACUUUUUGAAUCAAAUAAGAAAAUAAAUGUUGCCGAUGAUGCAAGUUCCAGUCCAGCAGGGAAGGAGUUAUCUCGACCCAAUUUGAGGGUUUUCAGCUUUAAUGAACUCAAGGCUGUGACUCGGAAUUUCAGAAGUGAUUUAGUUCUGGGAGAAGGAGGUUUUGGCAAGGUUUACAAGGGGUGUCUAGAUGACAGAGCCACCGCCAAAACAACCAUUGUUGCUGUCAAGCUGUUGAAUUAUGAAAGUAUGCAAGGCUUGCAAGAGUGGCAGUCUGAGGUGAACUUCCUUGGAAAACUCUCUCAUCCCAAUCUGGUGAAGCUGUUGGGCUAUUGCCAUGAGGAUAGGCAGCUACUUCUUGUCUACGAAUUCAUGCCCAAAGGCAGCUUGGAGAACCAUCUCCUUAUAAGGAGCGCAUCUAUUCAGCCGCUUCCAUGGGACAUUAGGCUUAAGAUAUUAAUUGGAGCAGCUCGGGGCCUGGCGUUCCUGCACGCAUCAGAUAGAAAAAUUAUCUAUAGGGACUUCAAGACAUCUAACAUAUUGCUUGAUGAAAAAUACCAUGCCAAGUUAUCCGACUUUGGCUUAGCGAAGAUAGGUCCAACAGAUAGUAUAUCCCACGUGACAACACAGAUUAUGGGAACAUAUGGUUAUGCAGCUCCAGAAUACAUUGCCACAGGGCACUUGUAUGUGAAGAGUGAUGUAUAUGGGUUCGGUGUGGUGUUACUAGAAAUUCUGACAGGGCUGCGCGCACAUGACCAUCGUCGUCCUUCUGGGCAACAGAAUCUUGUUGAUUGGUUGAAGCCACAUUUAUCCAAUGAAAGGAAGUUGAAGCAAAUGAUUGAUGUCCGUCUAGAGGGACGAUAUCCUAGUAAAUCAGCACAACAAUUAGCAAAGGUUGCCAUAACUUGCCUUGAAAAUGAACCCAGAAACAGACCAUCCAUGCAGGAGAUAGUUAAGACACUCGAAAGAAUUGAUAGUAACUAGUAAGAGACCUAAAGCGUAGUCUUUAGUCUCUUGGUCUGUGAAGUUGCUAUUGUGAUAGUAAAUAGAGAGUUCGAGUUGUAUUAUAUACCGUAAGCUGAAUUUGACGCUGUCUAAUCUUCUUUUCUUUGCUUUGAUAUGCAUAUACUCCAUAUUAUGUUUGCAAA